GAAAAAAAAUCUGAAAAGACAGAAGGAAGGAAAAAAAAAAGAGCAGCAAUGGCGACAUCUGCUGCGACUCUAUUUCGUCCACCAGUUUAUCUGCCUCUCUCUUCCUCUCGCUCCUCCUUCUUCUCCACCUCAGUCGCUGCCGAUUCCUUCGCCAGGACCCGAUAUAAGACCCGUUAUUUUGUGGUGGGUCGACCCGGAAUCCGACCCGAACCAACCCGGAAGCGUUUCACUUGUAACGCCCUGUUUGGCCUUGGAGUGCCGGAGCUGGUCGUGAUUGCCGGCGUCGCUGCUCUGGUUUUCGGACCUAAGAAGCUUCCCGAGGUUGGGAAGAGUAUUGGGAAGACGGUCAAGAGUUUUCAACAGGCAGCAAAGGAAUUCGAGUCUGAGCUAAAAAAGGAGCCUGACCCUCCAACCGAUUCAUCAUCUGCUGAGAAACCCGUGGAAGUGAGCAUCACAGAAGAGAAAAAAGCCGAGGUCUCGACCUCAAAGGAGAGUGUAUGAUGAGACUUGUGGGUUCUUUUUUCUUGUAGCUACCAGAUUGAAACUCGGACAAUAUAUUUGAUGAGUUUAGAUCAGGAACUCAUUAGGACACAAUAAUUUUCAAGGCAUUGCCCCCAUCUUGUAAUCAAAUCUCUUUGUCUAAGAAAAUGAAUCGAGAAACGAUCUUUCGUGUAAGAGGUUUUGUUGGGGAUUGAA